AUGGAACGUCGAGGACAUGAACGAUCGGCAAGUGCUGAAUUUAACCGACACGAUCAUUCAUUGGAACUUCAAAAUUCGAUUGAACGUUUACGCUCUGAAAUGAUGCAUUUUAUGAAUCAUCGUUUUGAACAAUUUAUCAGUGAAACAAAACAAAAUACAUUAGAUGGUUUAUCCAAACCAAUAGCACCGUUGUUAUUAGAUACAACUGAUAUUCAACAGAAAAAACAAAACACACAAUUUCCAGUAAAAACAUUCCGAAUACGCCCAUCAAUUCUAACGGAACUAUUAGAAGUAUCUCAUAUACGUUCAAUUCGCCAAAUAUUCAUAUCUAUUUUAGUCAUAUUAGUAUUGCAAGUGGCAUGCAAAGAUUUAUUCGAACUUGGAUCAGUCGAUUUUCGGUUUGAUGUUAUUCGGUGGAAUUUUUCAAAUUUACCAGCUUGUGUAUUACUUUGGUUGUGCAUGAAUAUUUCGACCUGUGCUGUUUAUUAUUGUUUUCAUUUUUGGUCAUAUCAACGAUUAAGUUUUAUUCGGGGAAAUGAUAGUUUACCAAAGAAAUCAUCAAGAAACACAUCUCUACUUGUAUUUGAUUGGUUAUGUUUUUUUGGUUAUUGUCUCUAUGUGUCUUUAUUCCUCUAUUUUCCGGUUCAUAUUUUAUUACGUGAUAAUUAUCCAAUUGUGACAAGGAUGAUUGUAUUAAUUGAACAAGUUCGCCUACUUAUGAAAACUCAUGCAUUUGUUAGAGAAAAUGCUCCACGUGCAAUCGUAUAUGGAAAUAUUUAUGCAAAAAAAAUUAAAAAUGCAGAGUUGCAAGAUGAAGUAUUGGAUGAAUCAAGUAAACAUAAGUUAUUAUCAACAGAUUCUACUCCGUGUCCUGAAUUUUCAAAAUUUUUAUACUUUAUAUUUGCACCAACAUUACUUUAUCGUGAUUCAUAUCCACGAACAUCCUCAACAAGAUGGAAUUAUGUUCUAUCACAACUCGUACAAUUCAUCGAUUGGUGGACGGCUACGUCAUGGAGCAGUUACUAUCGUACAUGGAAUAUAGUUGUACAUGACUGGCUGUAUACUUAUGUUUAUCGUGACUGUCAUCAGUUACUGGGUGUAAAAUUUCGUCUUGUGUCGAUGUAUGCUGUCAUAUUUCUAAGCGCAUGCGUUCAUGAAUAUAUUCUAACAUUGGCAUUCGGAUAUUUUUAUCCAAUAUUAUUUUUACAAUUUGCCAUCUUAGGAUUUAUUUCAAUGUUAAUUCUUCCACAACGAACAAAUAACAAUGCGUUUAAUGUCUUCAUAUGGGCUUCAUUGUUCGUUGGUCUUGGUAUGCAAAUGUGUCUGUAUUCAAUUGAAUGGUAUGCAAGACAAAAUUGUCCAAGAUCAGUGAUUGGUGCGCUUGAUUAUUUUGUACCACGUUCAUUAUUUUGCACUGAUGCUGAUUCAAUCAGCAAUAAUGAAACAAUAUUCCCUCAUAUCAUUCAAUCAACAACAUCGACAAUAAGAAAACGAAUACCCACUUUAUAUCCUGAUGAUUUGUAA